AUGCGCGGCCCUAAAGUGCGUGACGGCGUGAGCGUAGGACUUGUGAUCGCGACGACCAUCUCCCGCGAUGUAGCCGUCAUCGGCGGCGGCGCGGCGGGUGCACAUGCUGCCGUCUGGUUGCGCGAUCACGACAAGUCGGUGGUGGUAGUGGAAAAGGCCUCGCAACUGGGCGGCCACACGGCUUUCUACGAGGACCCAGCGACGGGCAAAGUGAUCAACGUCGGUGUCCAAGCCUGGAUGGAGUACAAAAACACUCUCGAAUUCGUGGAGCGGAUGAACGUCUCGACGAGCGGGUCCAUGCAGUUCACCACGCUCGACUACCAGUACGUCGAUUUCAAGACGGGCGAGCCAGUCCCCGACUACGCCGCGCCUGUGCCGGACGACAUGUACCCCGCGCUGCAGAGGUACCUCGACGUCCUCGAAAAAUACGAGGACAUGGUGCUGCCCGGCUUCUUCAACUUCCCCGAGCCCGAGUCCAUCCCGGAGGAUCUGACCAUGCCCUUUGGCGAGUUCGUGGAGAAGUACGAUCUCGAGGCCGCCGUGCCCCAGAUCUGGGACUCUACCGCAAUGGGCCUCGGCGAUACCAUGAACGUGCCCACCCUAUUCGUGAUGCAGGCGUCCGGCGUCCCCAUGGUCCGCGCCUUGUUGGGCGUCGCUGCUGCCGCCGUUCCGCCCUCUGGCCGCUUAUUCGACCUAUUCGAGGCCAUCGCCAAGUUUCUAGGCGACGAUGUCCUCUACUCCAGCACCGUAGUCUCCGCGACGCGACAGGAUAACAAAAUAGUUUCGCUCAAGGUGGAAAACGACGACGGGGACGUGACCUGCAUCGAGGCCAAGCGCCUCCUCACAGAGAAGGACGUUUUCGACAAAUUCGAGUUCGCCACCGUUUACGCCGGACUGCUCCGACACCCAUCGCUGCAAAACAGUACCAGCUACACGAACAGGUCGCCCACCACCGGCUCAAGCAACUACACCAUCUUCCCCACCGCCUCCCAGGUCGGCCGUAUCGACUACGUCGGCGGCACCGAGGAUCUAUUCCAGUUCACCGCCGUGGGCACGGAAAAGGACACCGCCGAGAGCAUGCAGGCUCUCAUUGCCAAGACGAUCGAUACCAUGAUCGAGGCGGGCACCGCUCCGGAAUCCGAAGGUGACCUCUCGUUUCCUUACUUUGCGAACCACGGCAAGAUGCACCCGCACGUGACAGCAGAGGACCUUCGCGCCGGCUUUAUCCAGAAGCAGCUGGCCCUUCAGGGCCAUCGCUUUACCUGGUACACUGGCGCUGCUUUCUCCGCGGGCUUCACCACCGUGCUGUGGGAAUACAACGACAUCUUACUGCCCAGCGUGAUUGAGGGGCUGUGA